AGAUGGCAAUCGAGAAUGUGAUGAUCGAGACCGAUCAAGUUGUGAACUUUGCUGUUUGCUGCACCACAAAUAUGACAGUCCAGCUCGAAGAGUCAUCCGUCAACAUCUUGACUCUGGUCCACAGUCUUGAAUCACAGCUCUGGGGUCCUACAAAAGAACUUCGAGGAGACGACACGGUUUUGCAAAGCCCAUUCACUGGUUGUACAUUGCUCCGCAUCCAUCAACUGCUGCUAGAUAUGGAGAAAGCUACAGAGUCCAAACUGCAUACCGACUGGUUCCUGGUGCUGGAUGAAAGAUCAGAGCAGAGUUCCAGCGCUGUUAUAGUCAAUGUCGAAGGUGAAGACGUACGCUCAGCUCGUGUGGCUUAUCCUGUGGCAUCGAGAUAUUUGUCGGCAGCUAGUAUUGCUCAUCCGUCACUCGAUGAGAUGAUUGAGAUUGCAGAUUGGAAGCAUGGUGGGGUGAUUCAAGAU